AUGCCUCCAGCCAAAAAAAAGGAAAAAAAGGGAAAGCGGGAGAGUAAAGGGCACACUGUUAUACAUGGUGUUAGUACAGCAGACAUGACAAAAGAGGAAAUCGAAUCAUACGUAAUACUUCUUCGAGAAGAACUUGAUCGCGAGCGUCAAGAGAGAAAUUUAGCUGCUUUGGAGAAAGAUAAAAUAAUGAGCUUCUGGGAGCUCUCCAAAAAGAAUUUGGAAGAUGCUCGAGCUCUUUUAUCUAAAAAGGAACGUGAGCUGGAGGAUGCUGACGAGAGACAUCAACUUGAAAUGAAAGUGGAUCUUAUUGCUCGGCUUGUCUCGUUAGAUCUCAUUCGGCAAUUGGAACGUCACCAACAAACAGAAGAUCGAUAUUUGAUAUAUCGCCAAAAGUUGAAACAUUUGAUGUUCGAGCAAAACUCAAGAGAAGCAGAAGCCAAGAGAGAAUCUUUACAAGGCUUAAGUAACGCAAAAGACGAAGCCAGAGCAGAAAUUCGCGCUAUUCGUAACGAGAAUUACGCGCUGAAAACCAAAUUGCGUCAGCAGCAAGUCCAGUCCGAGGAAGCAGUGAAAAUAUUGAAGAGGAAGCACGAGCUCGACAUGGCACAUAUACGUCAGGAUUUUGCCAGACAAACAGAAGAGAUUGAGAAUCGUGCAGCCAAACAGAUGAUCAUGUUACGUGAUCAAGUCGACACACAGCGUCGCGUCGAAGUGCACAUGACAGAAGAGCAUAAGAACAAUCACAUUCAAAAUCUUGAGGCCAAUCAUGAAAGAGCUUUUGCGAAUAUGAAAGCUUACUACAAUGAUAUUACUCUCGGGAAUGUCAGUGUGAUUAAAACACUCAGGGAAAAUAUUGAUGAAUUGCGUUCUCAAUUGGCUCGAAUCCAAAGGUUGUUGGAUAGUAGUCAGAAUGAGUUGUCCCAGAAAACCAAUGCAUUGACCAAAAUGGAAAAAGAAAACGCUCAUUUGCGUCAAGUGGCCAAACUGUAUGAGUGUGAAAAGAGUGCACACAGCCUUACCAAACAAAAUGCAAAGAAGACACAAACGGUACUACAGAAAACCGAAACCAAUUUGAAUAUCAUGACGGCUCGGUAUGAGGGGCUGAAUAAAAUGCGCAGUACGUUGGCCACUCAGUUCGAACAUAUUCUGUUAGAAGUGGAACAGCGUAUGGGUUUGCGAGCCCUUUUGGUCGAAAGGAAAUUGCAACAUUUAGCCCAAGUUCUGGAGGCACGUGAAGCACAAAUAAUGCAACUGGUGAUCGCACUCGAAGGUGAUCCGGGCUCGGUGGCUCAAGCAAGACAACAUUUGGAGACGGCUUAUUUAUCUGUUUAUAUUGAAGCGCAAUUCGAAUGUUUUCAGGCAGAUAAGGGAGAUAUGCCCAAAUCCGCUGAAUUUAAUCGAAAAAGCACUGACAACGAAGAAGACACAAAUGAGAGCUAUGUGCACACCAUUCCUCAGCGUACAAUGUGA